AUGUCAAAGUCUCAAGGUGAAGUGGGCAAUUUAAGCGAAGAGGAAAUAUCAGGAGGUUUAUCUUGUCCUGAUGUUAUUACUAAAUAUCAUACUGGUGCAGAAAUUCUAAACUCUACUUUACAGCAUAUUAUACAAGAAUGUAAGCCAGAAGCUGAUAUUUCAUUAUUAUGUAAGACUGGAGAUAUGCUCAUUGAGGAGAAGACUAGCAAUGUUUAUAAUAAGAAAGAAAAUGGUAAAAGAAUUGAUAAGGGAAUAGCAUUUCCAACUUGUAUUUCAGUAAAUGAAAUAUGUGGAAAUUAUUCACCUAUUGAGGGCGAAAGUAUGAAGUUGAAAUCAGGAGACUUGGUUAAAAUAGAUAUGGGCGUACAUAUUGAUGGAUAUAUUUGUGUUGUUACUCACACAAUUGUAAUUGAUACUGAUAAGAUUACUGGUAAAAAAGCUGAUGUAUUAAAAGCAGCCCAUGUAGCAUUAGAAGCAGCUAUUAGGACAAUGAAGCCAGGUAAUACAAAUACUCAAGUUACUUCUGUCAUGAAUUCAGUUGUAAAAGAAUUUGGAUGCUCAAUGAUACAAGGUGUAUUAUCUCACCAAUUAAAACAACAUAUAAUUGAUGGUAAUAAAGUUAUUAUUUCACAUGAGACCCUUGAUGAAAAAGUAGAUGAAUUUGAAUUUGAAGUUAAUGAAGUUUAUGGCUUAGAUGUAAUUGUUAGUUCGGGGGAUGGUAAAACACGUGAAUCUGACUAUAGAACAACCGUUUACAAACGAGCAAUUGAAACAAAUUACAACUUAAAGAGCCCAAUUCCAAGACAAUUUCUAGCAGAAGUUAAUAGAAGAUUUCCAACAUUACCCUUUUCACUAAAUAUGAUAUCUGAUCAGAAAGUAGCAAGAUUAGGAAUAUUAGAGUGUCUACGUCACAAUCUACUUUAUCCAUAUCCUGUAAUAGUUGAAAGAUCGGGAGGAUUUGUAGCUGCAUUUAAAUGCACUAUUCUGAUAUUAUCAUCGGGAGUUAAACGUAUUACUGGAUUGCCAUUUUCACAAGAAAGUAUAUGUGAAACAGAAUAUAAGGUUAUUAAUGAGGAUUUAAGAGCACUAUUAGCUACUUCUUUAUCUUUAAAAAAGAAGAAGAAAAAACCAAAACAGCCUUCUCAAGAGUGA